AUGAUAUGCAUUGAAUACUUUUUCCCCAAGCAACCAGCUAAUAUGGAUGUAGAGCAAGCUCGCAAACUUAGGAAAGGAGUAAUCCCUCUAGUUGUGGGGCAUGUGAUUAUAGCAUGUCUAGGAAUGGCUUUUGUGUCUAUCUUAACUUUCGCAGCUUAAUUCUUCUAUAUCGCCUUACUUUACUCUAUCUAUAUGACUUUAAGACCUUGGCUUGUAUGGUUUUACAUGGUAAUCUUAGGAUUUAAUAUUGCAUCAGGACUAUUUACAGUAUUCCUGUACGAUGGAGCUUCAUUUGCAGUUUAUUUGUUAAUUCUGGUGGUCUACGUAUUCUUUAUCCUGAAGAUCAAGACAGACUCGCACGACUUCAGAAAUAUGACUGUGCAAGAACAUGGUUCUCAUUUUUAUCUUGAAGAUGGUAUCAGACAUAUGUACAACACUGCAAGACAAGAAUACUAGCCACUAAGAAGUGGUGGGUCUGGGCAGCCAGAUAAUUUUAGAGCCCAUGGCUAACCAGUAUUUGUUCACAAUUCAAACCCCUCAGGCAGGAACAGCAGAUUGGUAGAUGAUAAUGAAGAUGCAUCCUACGGAGAACCUCUUCUCCAAAAUCACUAUCUGAAUCAAAUGAGAGCUCAGUAAAACUAGAAUAACAACGCCAACAGACUUCCUUAUCAAAAUAAUCAGUAAUAGAAUUAACCAGGAGCGAAUGCAAUGGCUCUAGGCAUGCCAUUGAUUAGAGCAUUAGGUGCACAUAUUCAGCAGCAAUUCUAAGCAUAGCAAUAAAAUCAAGCUCCUCAAGUACAGCAAAAUCAGGGCUAAGGGAGAGUAAAUAUGAUGGACAGAAUUUAUGAUGAAGAGCAAGAGCAUUUUAGAAACAAUAGGAAUAGAUGA